GUUUGCUCGAAUCCUGAAAGUUCGUGACAAGGUUAUAAUUACUCAUUCAUUUGUCUCUUACACAAAUAAGAUAGGGCCUGAUUGCGAUGCCUCGUGUCUUGCUACUAGUUAAUGGUGUUAAGACGAACUGUCAUUUCUCGUGUACUAACCUUCCCAUUUGCUCCCUCGCAGCCUUUAAAUCCCCUCUGCCCUCAUUCCAUUUUGUCUCAAAAUCCUUCCUUCUAUCUCUUUCACCCAUUUGCCUACUCUUCUCCCCUUAUCUCUAAUUCUAUUUUGUCUCAAAAUCCUUCCUUUUAUCUCUUUCACCCAUUUGCCUACUCUUCUCCCCUUAUCUCUAAUUCUAAUGCUAUCAUGACUACUUCACGCAAGCUUGGCGUUCUCAAUAUAGAGGAGAAGAAAGAAGCCAUGACUGCUGGAAUGUUGUUCACGAGUGUCCCUAUGACUGCUGCAAUGGCACAGCCAGCGACCACGCGAUGGAAUCCCACUCCAGAACAGCUGAUGAUACUAGAGGACAUGUACAGAGGAGGGAUUCGAACCCCCAACGCCGAAGAGAUUCAGCAAAUCACAGCACAUCUCUCCUUGUAUGGCAAAAUAGAAGGGAAGAAUGUGUUCUACUGGUUCCAGAAUCACAAGGCUCGAGACAGACAGAAGCUCAGACGCAAGAUGGAGACCAAACAGCAGGAACCCAAGUCUAGCAAAACCCUUGCAGGGGAAACUGGAUUGGGUUUGGAUCUGAACCAUGGUUGGAUUUACAGCAGCCAUGAAUCUAUACAAGAUCAGUUUCACUCUAGCGUUCAGGAGUAUGGAUAUGAUUAUGAAUAUGGAGAAGAGAUGGAGAAUAGAUGUGCCUCUGUCAGGCCUCUCAAAACUCUGGAGUUGUUUCCCACAUGCAGUGGUUUAUAAAAUUUAUCAGUCACCCACUGUAACUCUGUCUUGUUAGCAAUAGAAGAAACUCUUGUUUUCUUUCCUGAAUAAAAUUUUGAUAAGCGAAUCAAAUCAUUGUAUCAUGCCAAUCUUGGCUGCCAUUUCUAAAUCA